AUGGUGGUCGCACCCUUGUACUUGGUAUCGACUCGGGCCAUCACAGUCAUCCAACGUAAUUGUGUCGCUUACUUGAAGCUGCGUAAUUGGCCCUGGUGGCGGUUGUUUACAAAAGUUCGACCUCUGCUCACUGUCACGCGUCAAGAAGAAAUUGUUGCGGCAAAGGAAGAUGAGCUGCGUAAGGUUCGGGAAACUUUGGAGAAAAUCAGCACAGAACAUGCCGAGGUUCAGCGUGCCUACGAGAAACUCACCAAGGAGAAGAAUCAACUUUCAGCCGAGUUGCAACAAGAACACGAAUCCAAUCAAAAUAUGCAAGCCGAACGCGAGCGACUUUUGGAGAAACUACAAACUCUGGAAGACGAAUACGCUGAGGUGGAAAAUAAAAGCUUGGAAGAUAAAGGCAAACUGCAAACCUUGGAAUUGGAACAAAAACGGCUUCAAGAAAGAAUCGCGGAUUUGUCCGAUCAGUUGGAAUUGGAAGAACAACAGCGUCAGAAAAUCCAGGUGGAGAAGAGCGCCGUCGAACAACGCAUGACCCAGUUGAACACCGAUUUUGUCAAUGUCGAGGAUAAGCAUAACAAAUUAGUUAAAGCAAAAAAGACACUAGAAGAUCGUGUAAACGAUUUGACCAGUCAGUUGGCGGAGGAAGAAGAACGAAACAAGCAGUUGGUUAAACUAAAAGCCAAACACGAGAGUUCGAUACAAAGCCUCGAAGAGCGUUUGGCUCGGGAACAAAAAGCCCGACAAGAUCUGGACAGAGCUAAACGGCGAUUGGAAGCCGAGGCGGCCGAGAAAACCGAACAGUCCGCUGAGAAUCAGCGCACUGUCGAGGAGCUCCAGGCACAGGUAUCCAAGUUAGAGGCGGAACUUACUCAGUUGCAAGCCAGACUGGAUGAGGAAAUCAUCGCUCGAACGAUUGCCUUGAAGAAGGUGGCCACCUCAACUCAGUUUCUCGAAUCCGGUAGACCUAUUGAACCAAGUGAACACGAAGCUGUCUGCUAA